AUGUCUACCGGUGUUGGAAUGUCAUCGUGCUGCUUGACUGGCAAGGUCCAGGAAGGCACACCAAAGGGCCAUGUUGAGACCAUUGCUGGCCUUCAAACCUACGUUGCCGAGCCCAAGGAAGCCGACAAGUCCAAGACUAUCAUCUUCCUCGUUGACAUCUUCGGAUGGGAGUUCAAAAACACUCGUCUGCUCGCCGACCAGUAUGCCGCCAACGGCUUCACUGCAUACAUCCCCGAUGUCCACGAGGGCGACUCACUCGACAUCGACUUCCUUCAGACGGUUGAGCCCCAAAAGUCGGAGCGCGACUCUCGCUCUCUAACAGAGAAGGCGGCUGCCACAGCAAAGACGGGCGCAACUCUCGGUCCCUGGCUGCUCAAGCACCGCGAAAGUGUCGCUCGCCCCUUGAUCGAGAGCUUCAUCAAGCAAGUUCGCAUGAUCCCCGGAACAAACAAGGUCGGUGCCAUUGGCUUCUGCUGGGGCGGCAGAUAUGCCAUCCUGGCCGGAGACAAGGACUUCAGCGGUGCCGAGGGUAUGGGGGUUGACGCCGUAUACGCCUGCCACCCUUCGCUCGUUGCUAUCCCUGGCGACUUUGAAGGGCUCGCCGUCCCUGCGUCAUUUGCGCUCGGCGAUUCUGACAGCUUGCUUGGAAACAAGGAAGUCGACCAAAUCAAGGAGCUCAUGGCCAAGAAGAAGAGCGAGGGUAUCGACACCGAAGUGCGUGUCUACGAGGACCAGGUCCAUGGAUUCGCACUGCGUGGAGAUUGGAACUCGGAGAAGGACAAGAAGGCCAUGGAUCAAUCGUGCAAGCAGGGAAUUGACUUUUUCAACAAGCACCUGUCAUAA